GAAUGGACAUAACUUUAGAACGGAUCAGACCAUUCCAUGGUCGCUAUGGUUUUUCUUAUUUCGACAUUUUCAACAUUUAAUUCAAAACAAACCCUCAAACUGACAGAUAUACACGCACGGAUUUCUCGCUGCUUCAGAAACGAUUUCUUCGGAAAACAAACUUCAAACGACGAUUUUAUUCACCUGGACCUGAGCUGACCACCGACUGCUGCUGAGUGAAGGACUUUUUCACGGGAGAAAUGAGCCGGCCGUAUGCCUGGACAUCAGUCCUCAUCAUGGACCCUAACCGGCCCCGGAUCCCACGGCUCAUCCUCCGUAGGACCCUGGCACCAGCAUCGCUCUCUGGCUCCUCCUGGGAAGUUAGCUCUCCUUCUUUCUCUUCCUCCUCCUGCUCCUCCUCCUCCCCCUCCUCUCCCUCUCCCUCCUCCUCCUCCUCCUCUUCCUCCUCCUUUCCCACCUCCUCCUCUCCCUCCUUUCCCUCUCCCUAUCCAUCCUCCUCCUCCUCCUCCUCCUCUCUGAGCUCUCCUGGGUCUUCUGGCCAGCCUCCUGCUCCCAGUGAUCCUCUCCCAGCUUCCCCCCCUAAACCACGUCUCGGGCUUUUUAAGCUUGCUGAAAUGUUCUCUCCUAGAGCCUGUGUAGCUCCCAGGGUGCCUGUGAAAGCUGGUCCCUCUGAACCACUUGAAGCACCCAGGGAUCCUGUGCCACGUGUUAAACCUAGUCCCCCCAUUUCUGCAGGGCCUAGCGAGCCACGGCUGUUAUGGAACGGCCCUGAACCAGAGUGGGCGAGGAACGUGAGGCUGGACUUGGAGAGGAGGGAGCAGUGGUUCAACAGCUGGUGGAGAGAGAGCCAGAUUGUACCUGCAGGUAAGUCUCCAGGUAAGAACUCUUGAUUAUCAAGUAAAAACCUCGAUUCAGUUUAAUGCACUGAUUUUUAUUAAAUGUGAACAUAUUUGAAA